UGGCCUGUGAGCCCUGGGCUCUGGGGGGUCUUCGGGGCUUCCUGGUCCAGCCUUCUCACGGAGAGGAAGACUCUGAGGCCCAGAGAGAAGAGGGGUCUGCCCUGGAGCCGCUUGGCCUCUCCAGGCUACGGAGGUUUUGGAUUGGGUGGGCUUUGCAGAAAGGCACGCACCCUGGAAUGGGUGUCAGCAAAACUGGAGGCCCCAAGCCGGCUGCAGGGUCUUGACUCUCACUCUGAGGGUCCCGCUGGCGGGGGCCACCUCUUCCAGUCAGAGCCUGUGCUGAGAAAACCCGCUGGUUCCCGGGUCCUCGUUGGCGCUCGUGAGCCCGGCUGCCCUGGGCAGCUUGCCACUCCAGCCAGGCCGGCAGAAAGGUGCCUCACCUCUCAGUCUCAGUGUCCUCGCCUGUCCAGUGGCAGGAGCUGAUCUCAGGGCACUUUGGAGAGGACAGUGCUUCCUACGAGGCUGAAAUCCGGGAGCUGGAGGACCUGCGGCAGGUGGGUGGGCUCCUCCCAGUCCAUAGGUGAGAAGGCAGAGGCUCGAUGCCGCUGGCCCUGUGGCAAUGGCUACUCCGUGCCUGUCCCCACCCCGGGGACCCUGCCUGGGUCUCUCGCCCCAAUGCCCCGCACAGUCUCCUGGAGUGGCACACGUGGUCCACAGCAGCGCCCGGGAGGGCAGGUGUGACCGUGUCCACCCCUCGACCCUGGGGUGCUCCCCUGGGGCUGUGGCAUUCAAGGGGAUCCCCAGGGCGCCGCGCAUGGCAUGAGGUGGGCUGGGGCCAUGGGACCCCGCUGACUUCCACCCGGCAGGCCACGCGGACCCCUAGCCGGAGCGAGGCGGGCCUGGAGCUGCUCACGGCCUACUACAAUCAGCUGUGUUUCCAGGAGGCGCGCUUUGUCACCCCUGCCAGGAGCCUGGGGCUGCUGUUCCACUGGUACGACUCGCUGACGGGGGUUCCGGCCCAGCAGCGGGCCCUGGCCUUCGAGAAGGGCAGCGUGCUCUUCAACAUCGGCGCCCUCCACACCCAGAUCGGGGCUCGCCAGGACCGCUCCUGCCCCGAGGGCACCAGCAGUGCUGUGGAGGCCUUUCAGAGGGCUGCGGGGGCCUUCAGCCUCCUGAGGGAGAACUUCUCCCACGCGCCCAGCCCCGACAUGAGCCCCGCCUCACUCUCCAUGCUGGAGCAGCUCAUGACCGCCCAGGCCCAGGAGUGCGUCUUCGAGGGCCUCUCGCUGCAGGCCCCCGUGGCCCCCCCUGACUGCCUGGCCCAGCUCCGCCUGGCUCAGGAGGCCGCCCAGCAGGUGGCGGCCGAGUACCGGCUGGCACACCAGACCAUGGCCCAGCCGCCCGUCCAGGACUACGUGCCCUUCCCCUGGACCACCCUGGUGCACGUGAAGGCCGAGUACUUCCGCGCCCUGGCCCACUACCACGCGGCCCUGGCCCUGUGUGACGGCGCCCCGGUGGCAGAGGCGGAGCUUCCAGCCCUCGAGCAGAUCUUCCUCGGGCUCCCGGCCUCGUCCGAGCCCCGGGGCCCCGCACUGCCCCAGGAGCAGGAGGAACGCCGGAAGCUGGGCAAGGCCCACCUGAAGCGGGCCAUCCUGGGUCAGGAGGAGGCCCUGCGGCUGCAUGCCGUGUGCCGGGCCCUGCGCCGGGUGGACCUGCUGCAGGUCGUGCUGGCCCAGGCGCUGCAGCGCUCUCUGGCCAAGUACUCGGAACUCGACCUCGAGGACGACUUCUGUGAGGCCGCCGAGGCCCCUGACGUCCGGCGUGAGCAGCCAGGCCCCUUGGCUAAGACGCAGCGGAGGCCGGAGGGCAGGCCCCCCAGCUUCUCCCGGGUGAAGGUGGCUGAUAUCUUCCAUCGGCUGGGGCCCCUGUCCGUGUUCUCAGCCAAGAACCGCUGGCGGCUGGCAGGGCCCAUCCACGUGGCCCGAGGAGAGGGGGGCUUCGGCUUCACGCUGCGGGGCGACGCGCCCGUUCUCAUCGCUGCCGUCGUUCCAGGGGGCCGGGCCGCGGCGGCCGGCCUGAAGGAGGGUGACUACAUCGUGUCGGUGAACGGGCAGCCGUGCAGGUGGUGGAAGCAUGCAGAUGUGGUAGCCCAGCUGAAGGGCGUGGGCGACGAGGCCGUGAGCCUGCAGGUGCUGACGCCGCUGCAGCCCGGUGGCGGCGCCGAGGCGCCCGGCUCGGGGGACCGCCGGCCAGCCCCGUGGGGGCUUCUGAGGAGCCAGGAGGAGUGCGCCUGGGAGACACCAGGGCCCGCACAAGCCAGCCCCAGGCCCCUCCUCGGCUGGAGCCGCAAGGCCAAGAGGGGGAAGACUGGAAGGAGGCUGUCCCCUGCCCCACAGCCCUGAGCUGGGCCGCCCAGGCUGGCAGUGAGGGGCCAGCUCUCCCCACACCCGAUUCCCAGCACAGGCUCCAGCUGGCUGCGAGUGAGGACCCCAGGCACGCCUUCCUGACCCCAGAGCAGCUUCGGGCCAGUUUGCUGCCCACCCAGUGCCCGGAGCUGCCCAUUAAAGACAU